AUGGUGCUGUUUGCGGUGACCAGAGUUGUUUACAACCUGUGCGUCCAUCCGCUCCGCAACUUCCCCGGUCCGAUCCAUAUGCGGGCCUCGGUAUUCCCCUACCUGUGCAAGGAGAUGGCCGGCACCCUUUCGGACGAUAUCCUGGACCUGCACAGGCGCUAUGGCGAGGUGGUGAGGGUGGCGCCUCACGAGCUAUCCUUUGCCAACGCCGCGGCCUGGGACGACAUCUACAGCCAAAAGCAGAACUUGGGAAGAGAUACUCGCUUUUAUUCUGUCCCCGAGAAACACCUUGCCUCUGUUGACCUCCAGAAAGGCAAUAUCGUCCGGCGCGCGCUCCAGCCUGGUUUCAGCGAGAGGAGCCGGCGGGACCAGGAGCCCACCAUUAUGUCUUGUGUCGACUUGCUGGUACGGCGACUGCACGAGAGGUGCGGCGGAGGUGCGACACCCGUGGAUAUAGUUUCAUGGUACGAUUUCACUACCUUUGACAUCCAUAGCGACCUAGCGUUAGGUGAGGCUUUCGGCUGCCUUGAGAUGUCCGACUAUCAUCCUUGGGUUAGGGAUACCUUCCAGCUGAGCCGUGCCGGAAGGUUCCUACGGCUGCUGAACUACUUUCCUAGACUGAAAAAGCUUCUGUUCUUCUUGGUGGGGAAGUCGGCUCGGAAGCGGUCCAGGGAACACACUGAAUUGCCGAGGACGAAAUUGCUGAAGCUUAUGGAUGACAGCAAGGAGGAGCGCUCCGAUCUAAUCGGGAACCUAAUUAAGCGAAAGGACGACUUGGGACUAUCGAUGGAGGAACUCCAGGCCAACGCUAUCAUCCUAGUCCGUGCUGGGGCAGAGACCACGGCGACGGCGCUCUCCGGAUUAACAUACUACCUCUUGACGAAUGCGAAUGCUCUGGAAAAAGCAACCCUGGAGGUCCGAUCCACUUUUAAAGACGAAUGCGAAAUUACCUUUUCGUCUGUUUGCCGCCUGAACUUUCUGCAGGCUUGCAUGAACGAGACACUACGGCUCUACCCCCUAUCUCGGUUGGAAUGCCGAGGGUGA